AUGACUCGCCGUGCUCAGUCCUUCAAACGCAACAACACUAAUAAUACCCAUCAUGAGAUUGAUGUUCUCAACUCACCUAGAUCUGAACAUACUGAGGCCUUUGACUCCAUCCCUGAAAAGAAGCUGACCUGUUUGACCCAACGGCUUCAGCCCAAGAGAAGUGCUGGAUCUGGUAACCUUGAUUUUGUUGGAGUAGAGAAGAAAAGACAGUUAGGGCAGUGGAUGUUCUUUGCGUUUUGUGGAUUAUGUUUGUUUUGGGGGAUUGUUAAGGUUUCUGUCAAUGGAUGGUUCGGAUCUGCUAUUGAAAGAAUUGGGCUUGAUCAGGUGAUUGGUGCUUAUGGAGUGGGAAAAGUAGUAGCUUCAGGGAAUCCUGAAUUUGAGAAGGAUGACUAUGUUAUUGGCAUUAUAAGUUGGGGAGAGUAUAGCAUAUCACAAGGGUUCAUGCUAAGAUUUAGUGGGCUUACUGCAUAUGCUGGUUUCUUUGAAAUAUGUAAGCCCAAAAAGGGCGAAAAGGUCUUUGUUUCAGCUGCUUCUGGAUCUGUGAAAUUGCUUAAAGAAAAGUUCGGGUUUGACGGAGCGUUUAACUAUAAAGAAGAAACUGAUCUAGAUUCUACCCUUGAGAAGUAUUUCCCGGAUGGGAUUGAUAUAUACUUUGAUAAUGUGGGAGGUGUGAUGCUCGAAGCAGCAAUAUCAAACAUGAACUCGUAUGGUAGGGUUGCACUUUGUGGAGUCAUUUCAGAAUACACAGAUGUUGGAAAACGUGCAACAUCGAAUAUGCUAAAUGUUGUAUAUAAGCGAAUCAUGAUUCAGGGGUUCUUAGGUGGUGAUUAUAUGCAUUUGUUUCCCGAGUUUGUCUCUACAACCGUUGACCACCUACGUGCUGGAAAAAUGCUCGUGCUUGAAGACAUAUCAAUCGGUCUAGAAAGUGUUCCAUCCGCUUUUGUUGGACUUUUUCGCGGGUAUAAUGUUGGGAAGAAGAUUGUUCGAGUUUCCAAUGAUUCAGAAGAUUGCUAGUUGUUCCCUAUUUUAAGCAUUGUAUAAGC